ACAUAAGAGGCUAAGAUCGACCGCCAACCUAAUUUGGCACUACGGCACCAGAUUAUUUGCCUUUUGCAGAAAAACAAACAUUACAUUACAGCUGGAAGUUUCUUUGCCAUUCUUGUGGAGUCUGUUGCAACCAACCCAGAUAAUAAAUGAAUCCUCUGAGACUAUUAGACUUUAGUUGGGACACAGUGAGUGCAGGCGGUUUGUUCAGCGGUGUGUCUCUCCCCUGGAUGUCUCACCUGACUGUGGCUAAUCUGACCCUGGGUCUGGGGCUCCCGGAGCAGUCCGUCCUCCAGCCGACGUGGAACUACCUCCUGCAGCACCACCAGGCUGAGCUGCGGAGCCCUCUGUUCCCUGUGGUCAUCUCUGUCUCCACCUACCUUCUCCUGGUGACCCUCUACACCCUGCUAGACCUCCUGGCCCCCAGCUGGCCAGCCCUCAACAGCUACAAGCUCCACCCAGACAGACCCGUCACUUGGGACAACAUCUGGACCACCCUGUAUCUCACAGCCUACAACCACCUGGUCUAUAUCUUCCCUGCUGCUGUGGGCCAGUGGCUGUGGAGGCCUCCUAUCCCGCUCCCCCGUGACGCACCCACUCUAAUGAGCUUCCUCCUGGGAAUCCUGGGGUGCAUGGUGGUCUUUGACUUCCAGUUUUACCUUUGGCAUCUUCUACACCACAGAGUCCCAUGGCUGUACCGCACCUUCCACGCCAUGCACCACCAGUACCUUCAGCCCUUCAGCCUGGUUACCCAGUACGUGUCCGCCUGGGAGCUGAUCAGCUCGGGCUUCUGGACCACUGUGGACCCCCUCCUGCUGCAGUGCCACUGCCUGACCGCUUGGGGCUUCAUGGUGUUCACCAUCUGUGUGUCCACUGAGGACCACUGUGGCUACGACUUCCCCUGGUCUCUGCACCGCCUGGUGCCCUUCGGCCUGUGGGGCGGACCCCCCAAACACGACGCUCACCACCGGAUGCCCGGGACAAACUUUGCCCCGUUCUUCUCCCACUGGGACUGGUUGGGGGGGACUAACAUGGUGCCCACCCCCUCCAAAGAUAAAUAUGUUGAGGAAGGUCUGAAAGGGAGGAAGGAUAAAGGAGCUUGAGUGUUGCUUUUUUUUCUCUCUCCUCCCUCGCCCUUG